GUGAAAAGGGAAUUACCCCGAACAUGGCCGCCAAAGCAAAACAUGUGUUUUCGCUCAAAAUAUUUGCUGAAUGUUCAACGACUAAAGCUCGAACAUGUCUUUUUACAUUGCCACAUUCUAUCGUUGAGACGCCUGUAUUCAUGCCAGUGGGAACACAAGGAACGCUGAAAGGUCUGCUAUUAGAUCAGCUAGACGAACUGGAUUGCAGAAUUAUGCUGGGGAAUACCUAUCAUCUUGGCCAUCGUCCAGGUCCUGAAUUAUUAGAAAAAGCUGGAGGUCUACACAAGUUUAUGGGAUGGAAGAGAUCACUUUUAACAGAUAGUGGAGGGUUUCAGAUGGUAUCAUUAUUAAAAUUGGCUGAAAUAACAGAAGAUGGAGUACAGUUUGAAUCACCACAUGAUGGAUCUAUUAUGAUGCUAACACCAGAAAAAUCUAUAGAAAUACAAAAUGCUAUAGGUGCUGAUAUAAUGAUGCAGUUAGAUGAUGUAGUUCACAGUACUACCACAGGUCCUCGUGUUGAAGAAGCAAUGCACAGAACUAUAAGAUGGUUAGAUAGAUGUCUGAAAGCUAAUAAGAGACCUGAUGAACAAUGUAUAUUUCCUAUAGUUCAAGGGGGUUUAGAUUCUCAACUACGGAAACAAUGUGCAAUAGAAUUAACAAAACGCGAUGUCGCAGGGUUUGCUAUUGGAGGGUUAAGUGGUGGUGAGGAGAAAAGUUUAUUUUGGAAAAUGGUGACCUUAUCGACAGAUCAUUUACCUCAUGAGAAACCACGAUAUUUGAUGGGUGUAGGGUUUGCAGUAGAUCUGGUUGUUUGUGUGGCCCUUGGAUGUGAUAUGUUUGAUUGUGUGUAUCCAACACGCACAGCAAGGUUUGGCAGUGCUUUAGUUGAUACCGGUUUAUUGAAUCUAAAGAAUAAAAGUUUUAGUGAAGAUUUUCAACCCAUAGACAAGGACUGUCAGUGUUCUACAUGUAAAUCGUACACUAGAGCGUAUCUACAUACUAUGGUUACUAAUGAAACGGUUGCGUGUUCUCUAGUUACAGUACAUAAUGUAGCUUAUCAGCUACGGCUAAUGAAAAGAAUAAGAGAAAGUAUCUUAGAAGACAAAUUUCCUAAAUUUAUACAGACCUUUUUUACUACCAUGUUUCCCAAUAAAAAUUACCCAGAAUGGGCUGUCGAGGCGCUAAAAAGUGUAAAUGUAAAUCUUACGUGAUAUUUAUUAAUUUGUAUGCUUGAUAUAUAAUAUAGUGAUUGUUAUC